AGAAAAAAUAAGUAGGCUUUGAAAAGCAGAACAGAGGGUUCUCUUUGCAACCAUAUGAUCAUCACCUUUGCCUUAACCUUUGGCCACUGUCGUCAAGAUGAGUACCAACCCUUCCUCUCCUUUUGACCCUGAGCGUCGAGUCCGGAGCACGUUGAAGAAGGUCUUUGGGUUUGACUCUUUUAAGACGCCUUUGCAGGAGAGGGCAACCAUGGCUGUAGUGAAAGGCGACAAGGAUGUCUUUGUGUGCAUGCCCACAGGGGCAGGAAAAUCCCUCUGCUAUCAGCUCCCUGCUCUGUUGGCCAAAGGCAUCACCAUCGUGAUCUCACCUCUCAUUGCUUUGAUUCAGGACCAAGUGGACCACUUGCUGUCCCUGAAGGUCCGAGUGAGUUCCCUGAACUCGAAGCUCUCGGCACAGCAGAAGAAGGAGCUGCUCUCCGACCUGGAGCAGGAAAAGCCCUGGACCAAGCUUCUGUACAUCACGCCAGAGAUGGCGGCUUCUGCCUCCUUCCAGCCCGCCCUGAAUUCCUUGGCGUCCCGCCACCUGCUCUCCUACCUCGUGGUGGAUGAAGCUCAUUGUGUGUCCCAGUGGGGGCACGACUUCCGUCCUGACUACUUGCGUCUGGGAGCCCUGCGGCCCCGCCUGGUCCAUGCCCCCUGUGUGGCUCUCACUGCCACAGCCACCCUGCAGGUCCGAGAGGAUGUGUUUGCCGCCCUGCAGCUGAAGCAGCCGGUUGCUACCUUCAAGACUCCCUGCUUCCGGGCCAACCUCUUCUAUGAUGUGCAGUUCAAGGAGCUGCUUCCUGAUCCCUACGGGAACCUGAGGGACUUCUGCCUUAAGGCUCUCGGACAGAAGGCUGAUAAAGGGUUGUCCGGCUGCGGCAUUGUCUACUGCAGGACCAGGGAGGCCUGUGAACAGCUGGCCAUAGAGCUCAGUUACAGGGGCAUGAAUGCCAAGGCGUACCACGCAGGGCUGAAGGCUCCUGAAAGAACGCUGGUGCAGAACGAGUGGAUGGAGGAGAAGGUCCCUGUAAUUGUUGCAACCAUUAGUUUUGGGAUGGGAGUGGACAAAGCCAAUGUCAGGUUUGUUGCCCACUGGAAUAUUGCCAAGUCUAUGGCUGGGUACUACCAGGAGUCUGGCCGGGCGGGCAGAGACGGAAAGCCUUCCUGGUGCCGUCUGUAUUACUCUAGGAAUGACCGGGACCAAGUCAGCUUCCUGAUCAGGAAGGAAGUAGCAAAACUCCAGGAAAAGAGAGGGAACAAAGCAUCCGAUAAAGCUGCUGUCUUGGCCUUUGAUGCCCUGGUGGCCUUCUGUGAAGAAUCGGGGUGCCGCCACGCUGCCAUUGCCAAGUACUUCGGGGAUGCGCCCCCCGCCUGCACCAAAGGCUGUGACCACUGCCAGAACCCUGCAGCUGUGCGGAAGCAGCUGGACGCUUUGGAGCAAAGCAGCAGCUGGAGCAAGACCGCCAUUGGGCCCUCCCAGGGGAACAGCUUUGACCCUGAGCUGUAUGAGGGAGGCCGCAGGGGUUACGGGGGCUUUAGCAGGUACGACGAAGGCUCUGAAGGCAGCGGGGAUGAGGGCAGAGACGAGGCCCACAAGCGGGAAUGGAAUCUCUUCUACCAGAAGCAGAUGCGCCUGCGCAAGGGCAAAGACCCCAGGAUAGAAGAAUUCGUACCCCCAGAUGCGGACUGUCCCCUGAAAGAGGCUUCUAGUAGGAAGAUCCCCAGACUCACUGUGAAGGCCCGUGAGCACUGCCUGGGGCUCCUGGAGGAGGCUCUGAGCAGCAACCGCCAGGCCGCAGGUUCCACUGACGGAUCUGACCUCCAGGCCAAGGCAGUGGAGCUGGAACACGAGACAUUCCGAAAUGCCAAGGUGGCCAACCUGUACAAGGCCAGCGUGCUGAAGAAGGUGGCUGAGAUCCACAAAGCCUCCAAGGAUGGGCAGCUCUACGACGUGGGAGGUGGUGCCAGGAGCUGCAGUGCCCAGGCCGAGCCCCCAGAGCCCACCGAGUAUGACAUCCGGCCGGCCUCCCAGGUGUACUCGUUCAAACCCAAGCGGGUGGGAGCUGGUUUCCCGAAAGGUUCCUGCACGUUCCAGACGGCCUCUGAGCUGAUGGAGAAGAUGCAGCUCAAGGAGCAAGACCCCCGGCCGGUGGAGGGAGGCGGGCAGGAGCCGCCCGGCCGGCCCCGUGGCCGCCAGGAUGAGGAAGGCGCUGAGCCCCUCCCUGGGCCCAGAGGAGAGGCCGCUGGGAGCGGUGCUCAUUGUGGGGGGCCCUCCCCUGAGAAGAAGGCCAAAGGCCCCUCUCAGGGCAGUCCUACCGCCAAGGCCCGGGUCGGCAAGAAGCAGCAGCUCCUGGCCGCAGCGGCCCUCAAGGACUCCCAGAACAUCGCCCGCUUCUUCUACCAAAGGACCGAGCGCUCUCCUCCGCUCACUUCAGCCCCAGGGGCAGCAGGUGCCAGCCCUUCCCGUGACGGGGUGCGGGGACCCCUGCCGGCCCCAGAGAAGUGCACAGGGGAGGAGGAUGGAGCCAUGGGACGUUUGGCUGCCCACCCCCAGACCGAGGAGUGCUCCGAGGACGGGCCAAGUGCCUGCCCGCUCAGAGACCAGAGGCCCCCAGAAGGCCAGCCCACCCCCACAAAGGAGGCACAGAGAGGCAAGCGGCCCAGACCCCAGCAGGAGAACCCAGAGAGCCAGGCUCAGAAGAGGCCACGCCCCUCAGCCAAGGUCUCCGUCUUAGCUGAGACCAAGGGCAGCAUCUCAGCCAGCGAUCAGGGCAGCUUGAACCCCCAAGGCUCCUGCCAGCUCUUGGCUCCUGGCAUCUCGCUGAAGGAGGCUGCGAACGUCGUGGUCAAGUGUCUGACCCCUUUCUACAAGGAGGGCAAGUUUGCAUCCAAGGAGCUGUUUAAAGCCUUCGCCCGCCACCUCUCACACUCGCUGACCCAGAAUCCGUCUCCGGGAAGGAGCGUGAAGGAAGAGGCCCAGAACGUCAUCAAGCAGUUGUUCCACGGCCGAGCCCGGUGCGAGAGUGAAGCUGACUGGCACGGCCUGUGUGGCCCGCAGAGAUGACCGACAGCUGCCCGAUGGGGCCGGUGUCCUCCCCGGACUCCACCGCGGCCCAGCCCGGGCCUCGCUCAGGAACGGGGAAGGUGGGCGGCCUGCUGCUGCCGGGGCGUCGUCUGCUCUCAGGCUCUUCCCCCUUCCAGCCACGCCUUGCUUUGGAAAUGGGCCUGGACACCUCCCAAAUCAAGGUCAGAGGUCAGCCCACCUUUCUCUUUGCUUGCGAAGCCUGAGGUCCUCUUUCUCCUAGCCUCCCUGCCUCCCCGGCCCUCGUGGCUGGGUUUUCUGGGCCAGAUCCGCAGAUCAGAAAGUGACAGGUGGUGUGGCUGCUGCCAGAGGAACAGAAGGAAGGAAGGUCCCUCCACCUCUUGUACUUAGCACGUUUUAAGCCGGGGGCGAGGCCCACCAGUCUGAGGCCUGGGGCCUACUCAGAGGAAGCCCAAGCUGGCCCCGGGUCCGCCCCCACCACCGUCUUCCCUCGCGAUGCCAGCCUCCAGCCCGGCUCAGGUGCAGAGCGCGUGGGAAGACGGGCAGCCGCCAGGCCCUGCUCCCUCUCGGCCCCUGGUCAGAAGGCCAGGCGGGGCUUCGACAGUUAGCAGGGGAAUAAAGUCCUGGUGGUUCUCAUGCACACGCACACGG